AUGUGGAAUAUACUGAACAUCGUGUUCUAUUUGACAGUUUACAUUAAUGGCAAGGCAGGUAAUUUUGGACGGGGGAUUUCUGGUGAAGCUUCCUGAUAGCUUGUAUUUACUAUACACCAAGAGUUGUAAACGUCGCAGGCAGUCAUCUUGUUUAUUCUGAUUUUCUUGCAGUGGUCGGGCGCCGUCUCAGGUCCAGGGAGGGUCAGAAAACCUGUACGGUGCGCCUUGCACCCUCGUUAUUUAAAAGGUUCUGUAAAGGUGUACGGCUAUGUGAGAACGACAAAUGGUGCAGGGGGCCAGAGAUUUGUUCAUGCCAUGAACAUUGCGGGAAAGCGUGCAUUGACCCAAGUAAGUCUUACAGUUUACUUAAAAUUCUCCGAAAUUCAAUCGCUCGUUCGCCUUGUUUGCAUCAAAGAAGUCUAGCUCAUGACAAGGGAAAAUCUUUUCCUUACGGUAAAAUUAAAGUUAUUCAAAUUAAAACGAGUCCCGUUUCUCUUAUCAGCGACAUAAAUUUAACUUGUUAAUAUUUUACCAGGAGAAAUGUCGAGUAAAGCCUCGUUGUUUCCAUUGAUGAUCAAUACACAACAACGGUCACCGAUCGAUUAACUCUAGCUUCAGUGAUUUCUUCUGCCCUCCACGAGGCAUGAAAUUAAUGAAGCGGUAAGGAAAUUUUAUUUUGGAUCCUCUCUUCUGUGUUAUUUCCUUAUUCAAAACUAAGAAUUUUAUUCAGCAAAUAAAUCAAGUGGUAGGCUUCCCAUAGAUUAGUUUCCAUUUAAGAUUUAACUUCAUUAGAGUGAUUUCAAGGGAUGGCCCGUUGAUUCAUUCCAUGGACGUCCUUUGAUCUGUUUAUUCACUCUGCGGAGAGCGGGAUUUUUAGAUCUUAUUAUUAUCAGCCAAAUAGCUUUGGUUGAUCUAUUGCACUGACUGAAACGUGAAUGGAUGACUGAAUGAUUGGCAUUGGGGUCAGUGAAGCUUUACUUUCAUUUCAAGUCGUUUCGAAUCGUACACCUGUUUAUCUGCCGGCUCAAUGGUGGCUUUUCGAUUUUAUUUUGCACCAAUAGCCUGGAGCCAUUUGCGAUUAAUUUUCACUCGCUAUCUGACGAUAUCAUUGUAAAGCCGAUGAUUGAAAAUGACUGCAAGCAUAGGUCGCGCUCGAUCUCCGGGAAUUUUUUCCCUUUUCAAAAAAAAAAAAAUAUAUGAAAAAAAAAUUGCGCACGACUAAGGACCAAGAUUGCACCCUACUCUUGACUCUUGAUCUUUCGUUUACAAAAGUGCCUUUCUUGAUUAGUAGCCGGCCAGUUCCCGCGAGUUCUCUUGUUUCCAACAGCUGUUCCAGUGUUGGUGUUUUCCCUUUGAAAGUGAGGGAUAUUUAAAUCGCCGUCUGUUGUAGCACUGUCUCCCGCCUAGCUCGCGCAGAGGCUGUCGUGCUUAGGUCUUGAAAGGGGUUUCUUUUGUGUCAUUUUGACAGAAAACCCGCUUAAACAUGAUGUAUGGCACGUGUCGCACGCUUUAGUCCAAAUAAUCGUUCCUUUCCAUAAGUGAAAUUCGAUUUCGUCGAGCUUGGUUAAAAAGUCUUUUCAUUUAAUGUACGCGCUUCCUUAAACUCGCCCGGAGGUGGUUGUAAAUUACAAAAUGAAGUUUACGUUAUUAAACUACCGCAAACUCUAAACAGAAUUCUUAUGAUCGAUGCCGGUCGUGACAUGGAUUCAAGCGGACUUAAGUCCGCCCGUGGCAAAUUGUUUGGUAAUUUUGACGUACGCGUUAAAUGUUAUUUUAUUUUUAAUUGUCAUACAGCCCAAAAAUCCCGGUCUAUUCGAGCAUGUGUUACUUUGCAAAAUUGAAAAGCGGAAUUGUAUUUUCCAUUGAUUCAAGUCUUGGAAACCAUUGUAGAACAUGUGAAAAGAAUAAGACCCGUUUUACGCGAACUAAUUUUCCAGAACAAAAGGCCUCUUUUUGUGAUUUGACAUGCUCGAGUAAAGACCGCGCUGUGGAAGACUUCAACUUUGUCAGUCGCUUUAAUAAUAGGAUUUUUAAAGUAAACAGAGGAACAGAAACUUUUUAUUCAGUAAAUUUCAAUCUUUCUAAAUAAGAAAGAUUAAGAAUUGACAAAACAAAACAAAAAAAACAAGUCUUAUAGUUUCCGCUUUUUCUUUUUGGUAAAGCGGAGCUUAAAAGAAAUCUCUUUAAAUGCAUGUCGCCGGUUCGUAGAGUAUGAGAAUUUUCAAGAGGAUUCUAGCACUAUUCGCCUUAAAACUGUGGCAUUUGACACUGAAAUGAAACGCGUUGUCAAACUAAAACAAAACCUGUGUCCAUUUUCUAAGUUCGCGCGUUUUAAUCAUCCCUUGCGAUUCCCAGAGCUAUCAUUAAGACGGCGAGAAAAUACGCAUUAUUCGAACAUAUACAGGGAUCAAAGAUGUUUACCUACAGGGUGCGAUAUGUUUGCAUAAAAAUGAAAACAGCCACAGUAUUUAAUGAGAAAUGCUUUUCUGAGAAUUGAAAGCCGUUAUUAAAAAGAGCUCGGGCGUUGUUCUAAUUAUAGAGAAAUUGUCAUGGAAGCGAGUUUAGGCUACUUGAAGAAGAAAAAACCGGCUGCGCGCGUUUUGUCUCUCUUUUUUGGAUGGCGUUGGACAUCGCUUAAGGCGAAGUCAUAAGCACGAAACAGCUUUUUACUCGCCUCAAAUGAUGAACAGUUCGAGAACUCCGCGAGAGGUCACAUUGAAUUAUUGAAUGAAAUCCUGGUGAAAGCCUUUGUUAUCCAAAUUGUCAAAAAACGUUUUGGGGGUGUGCUUAAUUUCCAUAAAAAUCAUUCGUUGACAAAGAAAUCAAAGCUUAAGUAACCUUUCAUUGUCAUUGAUUUUCUUUUGUACAGUCUGCUUUAAAAUCUACUUUAUUGUAUUGUAUCUAACUCAUUCAUUUUGCCUCCCUUAUCAAAUUAUGUCAUAGCUGAAUUGGUUUCUGGCAUCUCGGUCUUACUCGUCUCAAAACAGUAUUGGUUUCGCGCGCGAAGUUUAUUCUGUUUAGAUCUACAAAUAGACUGGGUUUAGCUGCUGAAAAGAUAAAUAAAAGAAAGGCCUGGAUCAAAUAAGGAAAAUAUUUAUUCACUCGUGUAUCAGUUCAAAGACUGUGGAUAUUUGUUUUUUUUCUGUGUUUUGUUUCUUCCUUUUCCCUGAAAUAAUUUCGAAAAAUUACGCAUGCAUUUCUGUACUUUUGUACUUAAAACAUUAUUCUACUUCGGAUAAAGUAAUUUCGCAGUCCACGUCGAAUUCAUAAUCCCGAAACAAAAUGGGCCCCAAUUUCUUAAAGGUAUCUUAGAGACACUAAAAGAAAUUUUAUCUUACAAACUACCACAAAAAUACUUUAAGACACAGGAAGUCUUUGGACUAUUUUGUAAGUUAAAAGGAAUAGCUUAUUUCACUUUCAAGUCAAUUUGUAUAUGUUUUCAGGUCUUUCAGUUUUACUUCCCGUAUUUUAAACAAAAGACUUUUAAGCAAGUGAUACACAUGUUGUCUUCUCCACGUGGCCCGCUGCAAAUAACUGACAAUAUUGUUUUGGAUUUCUGUCAGUCAAUUCAGUCCAACAGAUUUAGUUUGGCUGAAAGUAUCAUCUAUAGCUUGUACUAAUCCUUUAAAUUUCUAACCUCAUGAAAUUCUCAGUAAGAAAGAAACGCUCUUAGGUUUGUAAGGACAUACAGCCAAACGUUUCUUUCCGAAUUUAUACCAAGGUCCCGCAGAGAGGACAGUUUUUGACACGGUGAAAUAUCUUAAGACUUCCUUUGAGAAGAAACCACGUGAAUUUAAAGCAAUUUUGACCAUUUGUGGUGCCAUAAUUGAAUAUUCUAACUUGAGGGAAUGACAAUUACACGUCCUCUGUAUUAUUAUGCUUCCAACGUUGCUGAAGACCUUAGCCGCAUUUUAUCACCGCACCUCAGACUGAAACAAACUGUGAAUAAAUCCUUAUGACCUCACGGUUAUGACAUCAAAACUUCUAAGUUUCAUAAUGGAAUAUGUUCCGAAACAGGAAAACGUACCGUAGGACUAAGUUAACUAAGGCGUUUUCUUCGAAUUUCGAUUGGUAUCACGCCAAGCGGGCCGGAGCUCACAUUCACAUGACUAAAGUGGAACCUCGAUAUAACGAACCUCUGUAUAGAUCGUUCGUUAUAACGAACGAUUUCUUUACUCCAGUGAUAAUUAAAUAUAUGAAACAAAGCCCCGUUAUAGAGAAUAUAUUUUGCUAGUCCCUUGCGGACCCAUGGUUAUUUUGAGGUUCCACUAUAUACAAAUACAAAAGUUAGGAGCCUUUGGGCUAGCUUGCACAGCAUAAAAAUUCCAGCCACCAUAGUUAAGUACGUAAAAGAGCUAUCAUAAUUCUACGUCCCAUGACAGUUAAUCCACAGAUUCGAUUGUAGAAAUUGAAAUUAUCAGCUCAUAAACGACUUAAGCUCUUGAAAGAAGGAAGAAUCGCGGAAUUUUUGCUUUUGAGUUGUGGUGACUACGUGAUGAAAAUUUUAAAGGACUACCGUAAAGUUCCCAUAGUAGCGACCCCUCGAAAGUUAGGAUCCCCCAAAGUAACGUCAAAAGUUUCUGACUUCUAAUAAACCCCGAAAAUAGGGAGCUCCCGAACGUAGUGACACCCUCGAAAGCAGCAAGCCCCCAAAAACUAUCGAGAUUAAGUCUUUUCAAUUACGUUAUAAACAUACGGAAUGUCUUUAUUGUUUUCCAGUUGCAAUCCAUAGACAAAUUUUUAAUGUACAAUACUAAUAUUUUCGUGCAUUUACAAAUUUAUCACGAUAAGGCACCAAGGGAAACAUGAUCAAACAUGGCAUACCUGAAACUAUCAUUCGUCCGGUUGACGUCAGUUCACAGAUUGCACAAUGUAAAAACUAAGUUGAUUAAAUAAAGUUCAUAUCAACAACAUGAACGUUUCUUUCAAGUUAAAACUGAAACUUCUGUAUACUACACUAUGAAACGAAUUUGUUUGUCAUGGAGUAAAAGCACUAAGUUUAGCUUUCCUCCCCUGAGUCGGCGAAGAAUUCAUUGCUCUCGUUUUUUAUCAGAGUAUUGCUGUAUUUAGUACGUAGUAUACCAUAUAACACAAACAAUAAAAUGUUUGUUUUUUAAUAUUAUGUUGUUUAUUUUUUAUUUGGGGAAAGAGCUUGCGCCAACUUUGUUUCAUCGUUUUUGGUCCCCGAAAAUAACGACCCCUCGAGAGUAACGAGCCUCAAAGGCUGCUAAUUCCGAAAGUAACGAGGAUCGCUACUAUGGGAACUUUACCUGACGGUAGCAAUUCAAAAAACGCUUACAAUUAAAUCAAACUGACCUAUUUUUAAUUUUGAAAACUUCCUCGCUAUAUAAGCCUCAUAGGGCUAAUAGCAGCUGGUAUCGAAACCUGGCCAACCUUUCCAACACGCUUUAGGAUUGUCCUAAUGCAGAUUUAAUUGUGCAAUUUUAUCUCGAGAUGGAGAGGGUCACCUUCCUUGUUAUCUCUGAAGUACAGUGAAUAAUUACGACGACAUCGAUUUAUGGCAUCGUGACCCAGAGUAAAGACACCCUAGCUAGGGCCAAAAUAUUUCUUUCCGUGCUUUAUCAUUUCCAAGAUUAAGAAAUUUAAGGGACCGCCCAAAACCCUUUUCUUCAAGCUCUGAAUUCAUCAUAGCCAUUGCUACUUAGCUAGUAGCGCAGGUGAAAGUUUCACUUUUUAGAAAAAGAGCUUUAUUCGUUCAAUUAACUUUGAGUAAGUCAAUUAAGGUCAAGGAGUUUUUUGGCAAAAUUUUAAAGGUAAUUUUCCCAGCCUUUGUUUCAUCACUAAGGUUUAUAUGUUUAUGCUUAUCAGGAAACCAUAAAUGUUCGCAUAAUUGCCGGAAAUCUGCAGAUGUGACCUCAUCGUGCCUUUUGGUCGGACAAAUCGGCAAACUUCCAAUUAAGUAACAUUAACUUCUAUAUGCAAAUCCAGUUAGACGUUUAUGACAGCACUUUCCGAGCAAGAUAACGGGCAAUGCAUAAUCACUUUGUGAAGAUAGGGAGCAAGGUGACCGUCUGCCUGACCCCUUUGGUGCCAUUCGCAGUCAAAUAAAAAUGCCAAAUUUAAUUUAAUUUGAAAAGAAGAAUGAAAAAGAUGAUCCGUACCGCAAAAAGGAAGAAAUGCCAACAGAUUUACUUUUAAUUGCCAAACUUAACGAUUUCAGCUACUACUUUGAUCAAAAGUUGUAAGCCACAAAGUACGGCACCUCAGGAAUGAGGCUCAGCUAUAUGAUAAAAGAUAUUCAAUUCGUUUGAAUUCAUCGUGGAUUUUGAAUGGCAGGAGUAGGGGUACCCAACGACUUUUUUCUGUAAAAUAUCUUUUCGAAGCAUCAAAUAUUGCCUAGAAUUUUCUAAAGCUCUAGCAAGGCUUAAGAGCUCUGGAUAAUUAUAACCGUUUUAUUACAACUUUCGUCCGCGGAAAAAAGCUAGAAAAGAAUUAUUGAAGCUAAAGAAAGGCCGGCAUACAACAUUCUCCAAUCCUUUUGUUUGGAUAGUAGCUACGACAGUAGCUAGAACGUUUGCAAUAAAGCUUUAUAACUGUUUUCAAAAAAUUCAAGUGAUUAAUCGGGUAAUCUACAACAAUCUAAAACAGUGUUUUUAAAACUGAUGACAGUGCUUUUUGCAAGGUGGUCCUAACUUAGUAGGUCUAGAAUUAAAUCCCAAACUUUGAACUUGUAAUUGAAAGCUAAAUAUAUCCCACCAAAGUGACCCGGGUUUAACUGAAUCGUCCAGGAGGCAACACCAUUGCAUGGUUAAGUUUGUUGUUGGUUCUCUGUCUUCCUCCGGGAAGUUUUUCUCCGGGUACUCCAAUUUUCCGCUUUCCAAGUUCCAGUGCGAUCAGAAAUAAUAUCCAAAGAAUCCCUUUAUGAAUGUGUGCUACCACUAAAUCUUUAUUUAUCUAUUUUAUCUGUUAAGUAGUAAUUUCUUCUGCAGAUUGAGUCAGUGCACUUAAGAGCGACCUUCCCACUAGAUUUUUUGGAAGAGUGUUUCACGCGUUUCGCAUUCAAUGUCAUUUAUUUUCUGAGUGUUGAAUAAAAACUAGAAGAUUCCCAACAAAAACAGGGCAAUGCCUCAGCUGUUUCCGAGAAAAGGAGAAACUGACACAGUUUUGUAUAUAAAACGGACACAUUUAGGUUAUCUUACACAAAACAAAAAUCAAAUCAGUUAUAAAGACAUUUCCCAUAACGGCGGGCUAAUUUUCUGGAGAUAAAAGCGAUUGGUGUGAUAGUAAACUGCAUAGCGCUUGAAAAAAAAUAUCUCUAUUGUUCUUUUUAACUUUGAUAACGGUUUGCAUUAAAAAAACGGAAGCUUCUUAGACAUUUAAUAAGCAUUUGGUGUCAUUGACCGCGAUACUUCAGGGCACCUUUAGGAACUUAAGCUCGAUUUUCAGUCGUUUAGAGAGUCCGUUUUUUAAUUGCCAUCAAGGUGAAUGAAUAGGUGCGCUAUGGAGUCUGCAGAUAAAUCCAGUUAAGUAGAUUUUAUAAUCAUAUAAGGCGUUAACCCAUUGACACCAACUCUUUAAGUAUAAGGCCGCAUAACUGGCGCCAUGCAUCUCUGUGGGGCCACAUAUACACUUGAACUACGUGUAACGUUAUCACUAGUUCUGUUCAAUAAGACUGUCAAUUUUAAACAUAAAUUGUGCAGGAGGAAAAAAAAUCUCUCAAAUCAUGCUUUAGCUAGCGUGGCAGGCUUUCGCAAGGGGAAGGUAAAAGAGAAACUGAGAACAUUCUCUCCUCUACGACUGCUUCUCGACGAAGCCCGAUCUUUCCUCUCUAGCCUCCUCCCUCGGCUUUCGACUAAGUGAAUCCACAAAAUUCCAGUAAAUACGAUUGUAAAUUAAAGCUUUAGAGAAAAUUAGUCUGUGAUGAACGUUUUUGUGGAAGCCUUUUUUGUCUACUGGAAAUCAAAUAAUUGAAGAUUAAAACGAAAACGAAAAACGAAGAAUUCAAAUUUACUUCGUGAGCAUGUAUGUACCAAUCCCAAAACUCGCGUCUUAAUUGAUCAAUCAAUUCAUUCAUACAUUUUUUAGUUUCGUGCAAAUUCUAGAAUAUUUUUGCAUCAUUUUUCGCCAGGGAAGGUUAAAGGGCUUUAAACAUUUAACCUUAAAAGGCAACUAUUUGCAAAAGUUUCAGCAGUUCGGAAAUAACCCCAAAUCUUGUUAUUUCUAAAUGUCAAAAGAUCAAAUAUAAUUAGUGAUGUGAUCAUGACCUGAGUGUUUGAAGGUGGCAUACGCGUACGGUAUUCUGAACUUUUCUGAGCUUUCUCAACGGAGCAAACUGUGUCGUGCUAUAGGUCGCGUAGUUGCCGUCUUUUUGCAGUUAGCCAGAUUAAGGGGACAAGGUCGAAGAAAGAAAAGACUAGAACGAACAAACUGACCAGUUAGCACGAGGUUCCUGCCAUACCUUCUCUCCUCGGGCAUGGCCCUAAUUUUUCAUCUGUAUCGUUUUAUCUACUGACACACAAUCAUACAGACAUUUUUGUUGGAAAUAGGAACGUAAAACGCAUCUAAAAGCAAUCAUUUUGUAAGAACCUUAAACUGCGAGCAGUUUUUCUUCAGAUUUAGUGAGGGGAGUGCACGCGCGCGCGAGCGUCGAGCGCCGAAGUCGCGAGUUGCUCUCCUGUCUCGCGCCUUCAGUAACCCGCGUGGUCAUUUGCGUGUCUCGCGCGUUUUGCUCGAUGGACCAAGACUGAACGAAAGACUGCUCGUAGUCUAUAAGAACCUGGGCAAAGGUUAGAGAAAGAGCGCCGGGGAGUAAGAUUGGGGAUUGCAUCCUACAGCCAAUGGUCGCCUGUGUGCGUUUAUAUGUUCAAAGUAAAAUUUGACGAACAGACGUAAUGGCGUGGUUGAUAUCACAAUAAAAUAUAUGAAUUUGGUUGCGUAUGUGAAUAUUGUGACAUUCAGGAAGUAACAUAUACUGAAACGACCAAGUAAGAAUCUCAUUGCCCAUCAGGCUUUCCGACCAGAGUAUACUGAAUAAGCUAUAUACCAUAUUUUUACUUAUAUUUUGCACUUUUCCACGCUUUUUUGUUCCUACUUUCUUUUACUGGUUCGCCUUGAUUUGCGAGGAUUUCUAAAUUUCGCAAAAUCGAAAGCUACGCUGUUGUACCAUAUAUUGCCGAAUAUGAACUCAUUAGUUAGUGAUACUAUCUAAUGAUUUGCUAAUGCUUUAAACAAAACUUAGACAUGUUCAGUAAGGUUUUCAACUUUUCACCGACACAUGUGACAAAGAAUAGCACCUAGUAUUCUUUCGUAGUUUUACUCAGUAUUAUUUUUAUUUACUAAGAGCGAUGUUUAAGUUUGAGAACCCAUACAGAUAUUGUAGUGUGUAAAAUAUUAACGAGAACCGCAACAGUAUUCCGAGUACUCUCUGAGUGUUGCUUGGAAGUUUGGUAUAAACAAUCUAAGUACGUCGUUUGUUGCUAAGCAGAAAAAAUGAAAUUAGGAGCUUGCUAUUCAUAAGUAUGAAAUCAAGGAGAAACUGGUUAAAAGGCAGAAAAAUGACUAGCAACGAUAGGCAAAAAGUCGGUCAAAGAUAUCCCAGUUACACAGGACUAGAAACAAGCUUCCGUUAAUACGCCAUAAAUUCCUGAUGAAAGAGCCUUUUGAGACGCAUUUUGCAUCGUUUAAACGUUUUUUUCCCAUAACGUCCAUUUCCGCAGUACAAUUUUUUUCUGUUAUCGGCGACACAUUAAAUAUUGUUAGCUACCUUUUAUCAAAUUCUGUGGAUAAUAAUGCGUUAGGUUAGCAUACAGGUCGGCGUAAAGCCCUCAUGAACCCGGUUACUUGUUACGUCAAGGUGAAUAAGCUGAUUUGGAUCAAAAACGAAAUAUGCCAAGGUCGUCUUUUGUCGGAAUGCCAAUGUAUCUUUCCCAAUGCGAAAGUAAACGUCCGACUAUAAACAUAACAUAGCGGUGACAUAAUCCGCCAUUACAUGGGAAUUUAAACAUUCCUGUAGCAAUGUAAAUGGGGCGAUACCCAAGUCAAACUUCCCUUUCUUUUCGCAUUCCAUUAUCUCCAAUUUCUCUUUUCCCUUUUUCUUUUUCCAUUUUUUUAACGCCCUGGAAAAAGAUUUUGUCAUAGCGAUCAUUGCAAUCGACACCGAAUAAAGCCAUAGUCGCGUGGCCAUUGAUGUUGUUGCUGAUGUUAUUCCGGCAUUGAUGUACGUAAGCUCUAACAAGAGACACCUCUAUAAUACUUCCACCAAAAAUUCAAAUAAUGUGUGGUAGGAAAGAAGUACCUAUCGUCUCUGUGGAUUAAAUCCUGAAUUCUGACAUUCAAAUAAUUCCUGAAAUUCACGGAGUUUCUUUCUAGCAAUGGUCCAGGGAGGUUACUAGAUAUUCAGUGUUGAAUGUUUAAUCUCACGUUUGAAAAACUCUAUUAAAUACCACUGUCGUAUGCUAAUUUAUAGUGCGGGAGUCAUUGCCUUCUUUUCUGGCUUAUCGCCUUAGUGUUUCCGUGAACAUCUAGAGCACUUGCAAGGCACUGUGCUCUAGAAUGCCACUAAAAUAUAUCGGUGAAUGCUCUGCCCACAAUUGUACACACGCGUCAUAGUAAUAACCACCACCGAAGAACAUGCGGUUUUGAAGACAAGCAAUAUCAACUGAAAGGCAACGCGCAAAAUUGUGCGUGCGCCAUUUUGAGUUGGUGCUGACGUGGGCGCGAAAAAUACCUUCUCAUAAGGCAAUUUACUCCCUUAAUUAAUCAUCUCUGAAACGUUUAAGUUCUAUAAACUUAGUAUCGUAAUAAAAGAUUUUAACCAUUUAAUGUAGGGGUUACAUAAUUACCUAGAAACGCUAUAACAAGCACGCACAGCGUAUAGGCAAUAAAUUAAUCUACCGAACCAAUAUCUUUCAGUUCACUUAAUUUUCUCUAAGGCCCCAUUUACUCAUUAUUACAGAACAAUACAAAGGGCAAUACCGACCUAACAAUUUACUAAUUGUUUUCAGGAAAGGUUAAUUUUCCAUUCGUUAAUUUCAUUUUGCAAAAAAAAAAAAAAAAUUUUUCGCUAGAAGACUUUUCAAAAAUUUCUAAUUCGAAAAUUUGACAACUGGAGUCUUUGCGAACAAUUUUUUUUCUGUUUGUUUUCUGUAAGCUUUGAUUUUAGUGAAAUUGAUCUGAACUUGUACAGUACAAGAGAUUGUUUGAUCACGUUUUUAAAAAAAGAUUUUUCUUGUCGAUCUAAACAAAUUUACUAAUAGCCCAUUUUAAAAACGGAAGCAAUUAGAACCGCUUUGCUGUACAGACCUCCGCAAUCAUAUAGAUAAUAACUGAGCUGCUUUAAAUAUGGAAUGACUCUCUAAAGAACCAACCUUUAAAGAAGUAAAUACUUUUUCAAAAAUCUUUCUACGUUAUUCCCCUUACAAAAUACGUUUACCAAUCUCUCCCUUCAAAAAAUGACGUGAGCGUGAUAUUUUAGUCGCGUGAUUCUUAGGUCGUUGCGUCUGAGGUAGCUUUCGUCCGUGAUUUCCUGUAAUGCGGUUUUUCGCACUCUACAGCAAUAUAUUUUAUAUACAACUUAAGAUCAUAAACUUUGAAAAUGGUUUUCUAGAAACAAGGCACAUGAUUAGUCAUGUAUUCACCGUUAACUGACAUCGAGACCGCCCAGGUUGUCUGACAGUGUAUAGAAUGUUUUGCAAAUAUAUCAAAUGAUCAAAUGAACGAACUAAUUCUGGAGGGAAACAGUGUCCUUCCAUAUAUUUUCAGCAAAACUGACAAAGUGUUUGAACCACGUGUUAGAUGAUAGGAUGAGCUAAAUGUGUUUAAGAAAUCAUUGAUAAAAAUGGAUUUCUAAUACAAUUGCAACUAGAGUAUAACUUAGGACUCAGGUCGCCAUUCAUAAGUCGAGGAUUAUAUCUGCUUACAAGCGCGCUCUACCGCUGAGAGCUCGUCUGUGCUAAAGUGAUUUCCUCUUAAUAAAACAACCAGUGGCAGUCAUGCAGUGAUAAUGCAAAAAUGAAGCAAACACAUGAACUUCAAACAUGAUUAGCAAAAGAAAAUUAAUUCAUCUAAAUCUCGUAACGAUUGAAAGGAAUCACCCAAAGAACCAAACGCGUUUUCCGACAAGACUUUUUUGAUGUCCUAUCAAGCUAAAGGGCUCUUUGAUUGUUUUUGUUUUUUUUUUCUUUCGAUGAAGAUGACUGGGCAGAAGUGGAUUAAGCAUUAAGGCAUAUGAAGAGGUCUUUUCAUUCGAAAAGUAUGAACAUUGGCGAUCAAUGCCCCAAUACUGAACACGCAAAGCCUUACAAGAUACCCGCUAAGCCUAUGCAAACAAAGACUCGCUACUCCAUAUGAUCAAAGUUGGCUUUGUUAGACCAUGCAUGCAAAUGAAUCAGAGAGGCUAUAAAUAAACAAAGGAGUCCAGUUUGGACAACCUUUCAAACUGAAAACAUUGAAAUCAGGGUUGAGGGAAAUAUGCGUCGAGACCUCAAGAGGGUUAAGCGCCAAAGCUUAACAUAUUUUCAGUAAUAGUUUGUGUAAGUUAUUGUUUGCUAUAAAGAGAUGAUGUUUUUCCUUUUAUUUCACCACCUGCAGCUAGUGAAGGGAAUCGAACCGUUACAAUUGGCUUAACUCGUCAAAGUUAUUGCAAUGUUACGGCCCAGGAAUAACCGUUUCUUUGCGAAACAUGUAUAAAGUCUGAAUAACAUUUUACGCAGAAUCUUAUACUUAGUCUUGAAAUGUCCAGUGAACACUGCUUUUGAAAAAGCAUAAAUUUCAGUCAAAUCCUAAAAACUUUAUGCAAAAAAUUAAAAACCUUUUCAGUUGGAAAUUAACAAACUGUAUAUUAAAGCGGCACACUUCGGUUUGGAGAUGUGAGACCUGCUGAAAACUCUCAGCACCUUUGGGCCGUAAAAUACGGUUUGGCGUUCACAGGGCCACUAAUUGAACGUUAGUCUACAAAAGGUGUAACUGUACUCGGUGUGCCGUCUUCUUUGUCGAUCGAAGGAAUUAGCAGAAAAACUUUCAUUUCAUUGCAAUCCAUUGCUAUCUCUCUGUAAUAUUAAAACGCCGAUUUUCGUUGCUUGUUCUUAAGACAGGUGUAUAUUUUUCAGGCCUGUAAUUGUUGGCUUAACAUACCCGCGCUGUUGAUUUUCUAUUGAAGAUAGCAUUAUGCUAUUCAGUGAAUCGCGUUCAAAAAUCUUUUUCAAUUGAGAAUUUCUAACAUUCCUCGUCUAAAGCUUUGCUGUGGAGUUAUAUUCCUUACCUUCGACUCGAUUCUUCUCGAUUUCGCCGGGUUGUGUCCAUGGAUCAGUGGAUUGCCGCAGCACUUUAUGUUGCGGUGACUGAUUCAGUACUGGUUUGAAAUGCCAUCUAGCUUGACUUUUACGCCAAUAAACUAACUGAUUGAACUUAUUGAAAUUCUAUACUUCGAUCAGUAAACGAAGCCCUGAAGGAUCACAAUUUAAGUCCUUCGUUUCUCGGAUGCACAGCAGUUCUUCUCAUGGAAUAUUACUCGGUUUAGAGAAAAGAACGAACGUUCUCCGCGAUAGGGUUUCACCUACACACUUUACGAACGUGUUUAUUGUUUAACUUUGAAUUCAGCUGAUGGUCAUUUGUACAGUUCCUCUUUUGCCAUUUAGCCGGCCACAGAUACAACGUGUUUAUCGCUUUUUCUUUGUGAGGUUAAUUCCACCCGCCUUCAUUAAUAAGCAACAACACAGUUGUACUCCCUAGAGAUGGAGAAGGCCUUGUUUGCCGAAAGAAAAUGGUGCACUCUGAUUGGCUGUGUUUGAGUGUUUUUUUUCAAACGAUCAUGUGUUCCAUUGUUAAGUACACGAUGCUACUUGUCGUAACAUUUUUUUGUGUGGCUUGAAGCCACUGUACCCUUUUUAUUUCCUUUGAUACAUUAAAAAGAUCAUCACGCCAAUACAAGAAAAUAAGCAGACUUCUCGAUUCUACCACUCACUGCCAAUUUUUUUACUCUUAAACUUGACCCUGAGAGAGAGCAUGAGAAGGUGUGACAAGCACCUAGUUUUUGGAGAUCAUUUGCGGGCUCACAAGUCAGUGUAAAAUGACUGGAAUCACAUUACGGCAAUAAACUGGAACAAUAGAAAAGUUCAUUGAGUUUCAUCAAAAGACAAACUACUCCCAGUAACAACAUGAACAAAAGAAAUGUAACGUAGGUUAAUCAGUAGAUCACGGACACUUUCAAAAAAUGACAGCUUCUUUCUCUCCGGUUUGUUUGAUCAAACCUUUCUUCUUCUUUCUUUCUUUCUUUCUAUUUUUUUAUUUUUUCUUUCUUUUUUUUUUUUUCAAUUCAACAACGUCGCCCCAAGGAUGUUUUGAUAGUUUCUGCGUACACCUGUUAAUUUUCCUGAAAGUAGUUUUUUUGUUAUGACGGGUGGGACUGACCCAAGAACACAUGGUCUUAGAAAGAGUCUAAGCCUUACUUGACAAUCUCGUCACCUGUACCACCUCCCCUCCACCCCCCCUGAAUUAUCACUCUAUCGACACGUGGCGCGAAGUCAUAUGACUUGCGUCACGUGAUUGCCUAUUUUAGCGCUUUUCUUUUUUGCUCUUUUUGGAAAUGAACGCUCCAAUAUUGCUGACAGGCAAAACAAUAUUGCAAAAGAGCCCGUCAAACAAAUUGGAAUUCAUAGCCGUGCUUAAGUGCUGCAAAUAGUAUUUCCAGUUAGGGUAAAAGAGAAAGCACACCAACAAUAGGAAUAUUUCAAGGACAUUUUAUAGCAAUGCUAUUGAUCUUAGUGUUAGUCUACACAAGGUCACAUAGAAUGAACAUAAUCUCUAAAGAAGAUAUUUAAUCAAUGAGAAUCAGAGAUUCUUCGCUAUAUAGUAAAAAUAGAUAGAUAUCGAUUUAUGAGUGGUAAUCACAACGCGGCAUCUAAAAUUGUUGAACAAGUCUGGACCUGCAAUUUAUGCAAACGACUCUAGACCCCAAAAUCGGUGAAGUUUUGUCUAUGGUUGUAUUGUUCGUAUUAACAUGUCAUAAUUCGAUUUUAUUAACUUGUGAAAAUCUUUGUGUCAAUAUUCAAUGCGAUUUUCAAAUAUCGCCAGGUUGGAUGUUUACAUUGACAAAUGGUAGUUCAUCUUAUGCAUUACUCGGGCUUUUUUCGAAGGUUCCUUAAGACAACAAACUAAGGGAAAAUUCCAGUUCUUCAAGAAAGAUAAUCGUAUUAAGGUCCUCCUUGCACUUUACUUGCUUGGAGUGAAAUUCUAUAUUUAGUUUUUCAUUUAGGGAUGAGGAGGUAAUUGUACAUUUCUUUCACAAUUCACCACGUUUCAAAGAAACACAAAACCGGAAAAAGCUGGUUAACAUUUUAAAAGGAACUCUGUCGUACAUAUUUCAAUAGUCAAUCCCUUUCGUAUGGUUUGUUACAAACGUUAAGCCUUUAUUUCGUCUGGCUUUUGUUAAAAAAAAAAACAGAGAAACUUAUAUAAAUAAACACGAAAUUAAUCGAGAUAAUCUUUGACUCGAAAAAAUCAGCUUAGGAAAAUUGUGUUGUUCUGUCCGUCUGGGGCAGGAUCCAGUUUAUUUUUAAAACAAUUCCUGUCAUUUAUAUGCUGUUAUCACGGAAAUCACGGGAAAGAAACAGUUUUAUUAGCAACAAGAUCCUGUGGGUGUAGUCUACUCCAAAACUAAAAAUCCAAAAACAAUUUUCCAAGCGACCAACACUGCCUUAAAACGACAAAACAGCGCUUUCCGCUUCACUUUAGAUGCCUUAUCUCACCGUGGGAAAAAUAAGGUCGCUUUAAAUUUCGAAAGUUGCUAUGGAAACCCUCUGAAAGGCACUUCACAGAAGUGAAACCUUACUUUAAGGCAGUUUUUUAAAAUUUAAGAAAACUAUUUGAAAAGUAUAGUUUAUGAAUGGAGAAUGAAGACUUUUUACAAAAAAGGGAGCAUUACUGAAGAACGAUUGUUACUUCGGGUUCGUCUGCAGGUCACGCAUUAACUACUGUUUUGACAUUUCGACAUGAUUUUGUUCGAAAAGUGUUUAUUGCCCUGUAAAUGCAAUCAUUAAUGUGUCAAACAAAUCAAAUAACCUGAAUAAGUAGGUCGCUGAAGGUAGAAUGUGGCUUUUUCGCUUUGUUGCAACCACCUGACUACAAAACGUCGUAACUUGCACGUCCUUUGCGAUUUUCCCACGUUUUGUAAUCCCUGCAAGUGAAAAGAAAACCUUGGCCUACCCGUUGAUGCUGACUAAUUAGACAGGGACAAUUACGGCUCUCUUGCCAGGCCGUGACGACACAAAACGCACGGCACUCAAGCCGAUUUUCAAAGGCGGAGCCGGUUCAUUGGUCAAACAGGAACGGGGCUCCGUGAUUGGACAAUCUCGCCACAAAGGAAGGAGAGCGCGGCGCUUGUCAGUGGAAAUUUGGUCGGCGCUAACAUUGCAUAUGCAAAUGUAUCUGUUGGAGACCACUUGGGAGUUGAAGUCAGUGAAACUCUACUCCGGUUGUGGGAACACUGUGCUUUUCACGGAUUGAUGUCGAGUUGCCCAACGAUGCUCAAAACUUGAUCCAACUUUACGGGAACUGAACAGCAAGUUCACUAUGAAGGGCUUUGCGAUCGCCAUUGCUUUGGGCUUGUUCAUUCCGAUAGUCCUUUCUGGUAAGUUGUUUUUCGAGAUGCGUGUUCUGGGCCAUAUUACAACCGUCAAACAAACUGGAUGGCACUCUGGAUAAAUGCUUCUCGAACUCAGUUCAUUGGACUCCUGGCUCGUCUCUGCGGAAAGCUCGCUUCGAAUGUGGAAAUCUUCGGCUUUGACAGAAGUUUGAUUGCAGCUUAAAGAAGGAAUCUAGUGCUUAAUUGAAAAGACGGUUGAAUUCAUUCCGUGGGGCGCACAUCAUUGUGUCUAACUGCGGCUAUAUUUACACCUCUCGUUGAUAAUUACGUCGGUCGAUUCCACGCAAAUCUUGCUCCGAUCGAACGCCAUCAUUCAAGUUGAGAAAUGCUAGAAUACUACUGGUUAAGGAUCGGAGCAUUAAGUUUAAUAGUUUGACAGAAAUCGACCGUUGGUAGUUCUUAUUUAUAGGUCAACUUAUACCACAGUGUGUAAGUGGACUCCUUGUGGAAUUCACUCGCUGAAUUAAGUUUCGCAAAUAUGCGGCCACGAAAGUUGGCUUCGUUUGUUGCGAGUUGUUCAUUUGGGGCUCAAGAGAUAGGAAACGUAUCGAACAGCGUACAAGAACAGCUGUCCCUUUGCAGCUUGUAAAGUCGAGAGUAUUGUUUAAGAUUCCACCUGGCUUUGACGGCUUUUGGGUUCAACUUCGUGCUUUUGUUUGUCUCUUACAGCUUCCACGUGUACUCCUGAUUACUGCAAAAACGGUGGAACUUGCUCCCUUUUUAGAGGACAAGCUAACUGCACGUAAGUACCGACAGUUCCGUAGACUAACCCAGCUAUAAACUAGCGCUUUUAAUUCUCUUGGAAUUCCAGAUGAUGCUUUCGGCACGUGAAUUCCUACCUGCAUGGUUUCCUUAACUAGUUGACAGAGCGAUGUUUGUUUAAGAAGACAGCAAUGCGUGUCUAGUAAUCUCAUCGAAAGCUUAUUUUACAUUUAGUUAUCUUUUCACGGGGAUUUUUAGCUUUAUUUCGUCAUAUUUCAAACUGAAUCGUAACACAUGCUUCGCGCGUUCGAAAUCUGAAAGACUAGAAUGGACAUCCAUUUGGUAAAUAAUAGCUUAUAAAAAACCGCAAUUUUAUACGCAGUGGAGAGCGUGAUUUAAUUUCAUCCUGUUGGCUCCAAUCAUAGCCAGUUUUUGUCAACCAAAAUCCUCUUUAAAUCAAAAUCUAAAAGGUUGGAUGCUUUCGUGUAGCGUAAUUUUGACAGAAGCUGCAUAUUUUCUCGUUGCAAUCAAAAUUACGGUUAAUUUAACUAUCCGCGCUUUAAUGACACAUGUUAUGUGGGUUACUCUUAACAGUUACGAGUCGCAAACAUCAUGCAUUAUUAAGAAAGCUUAGCAGAUGUUUUUAUUCAACAUAAAAGUGUCCUCAAUAAACUCGCUUUAAAAGUGAACUUAAUAAUGAUGAUUUAUUGGAAGUUGGUGUUGAAAAGUUUCCUCCACAUUCUGACGUUUGUUUCGCGUUUGAGGCGAGCGAGUGUAGUUUUCGCGUCGACACGUUUUGAAAUGCUUGGUCCUAAUUAACAGUGCUUUUAUAUUGAUAAACUUUCAAAACUUCAGCUUAACAACUCUAAGUUAGUUACAAGGUGAAACAAAGGGUUAUUUAGAAGCACGCCAACCGAUUUCCGAAGCGUCAAGAUUUGUGUUGUUGUUCGUUUGAAAACGUUUGCGUUUGUGGAAAUGGGCCAGUCAAACAGCUCUACCCGUUCUUAUCAUAGUGGCAGAAAUGGUCUCUGUGGGGAUUAAGAUCCGGAAUAAAAUUCUAUAGAUUAUUGAGUUCAAAAUUGCUGCUUCCCAAUCUCUAUUAGUCGCCACAAUAGCAUAAAAUUUUUCAAAACAAUGGUUCCCCGGCCGCCAAAAAGAGACUCGACACAUGAUCAACUUAGCCGUUUAUGGUUAAAUAAUUCACUGCGGAAACUUUUGCAAGAAAAAUAGUAACUCGAGAUUGUCUAAUUCUUUCUUGGAUUAUUGUUUUUCUUCUUUUCAUCACUUGCCUGUUUGUCUCGCCUGACAUUAAUUCUUUAUUUACGAAAACGACAUUUCUGCGCGAGUUUUAUUGGCUUUUUUGAAUAAUCUUUAUUUACUUAAGUUUCUUUCAUCCGAAGAAUGUUUCUCUUAUUUGCCAAUUUAGGAAAACAAGUUCCUGGCAAUACUUUCGUACUGAAAUGCACCAAGUUACGCAUUUGUACGAGUGUGUAAAAGUGUUAAAAAAAACGUUUGCGUAAUUAUUCGCCUUUCGGUUGCCUUUGUAAAUCUUUACGAUCUAUGGUGUAUUACACUAAAACACAGUUCAAACAAAAUGCUGUCACAAUAUCAAUCUGCAAAGGUUGUCAUUCUUUCGGAACGACGCUUUCAGUUUCAUUCUCUUGAAAAGGGAGUCGAAAAAAAAGUUUUGAACACUUCCGUUGGUCUUAAAGGCGAAAGCGCAAGUGGUGGCCGCGGUGUGAGAUUUUUUUUUUGAAAUACGGUGCUAAAAUUAAACUAAUAAAAUUUUCAUCCAAGUGUCUUCCAGGUCGAAAGUAGCUUUGCCUAGAGUAAUAACAAGCAUUUGGGCACAGACAUAAUUGUGUUAUCGCAAAUGUUAAUUGUGCCUUUUAAUCAAAUUAGACUUGAAAGAAAGAAUGGAUGCCUAAUUUGAAAAUUUGCUUCAAAUCUGUCAGCUUCUUGAGGAAGUAGACAUGUUGUUUUCUUACAGAUUUUUGCUAGCAACUUCAAGUUGCUUCUGCCAGGAGACUGGUCAUGUGCGCUUAUUUGUUUCCUUUGCUUGAAACAAGUAAGAAGGGAAUGAAAUUUAAGACUACCCGGAGCUUGAAUGAGGUUUCGCAUUGUCAUACCCAUUGUUCGGUCAGCAUGAAACAUGUGGAUUUCAUAAGAAGCAGCUGUACUUAUCGGACUGGCAUAGAGAAUGUUUUUCAUUGGAGGAAAUUAAUUUGAAAAUCGACAAAAUCAAUCGCAGCUUUUUCUCCACUUUCCUGCUGAAGUUAACGUUGCAGAGGUCUGCAUGUAGGUUUUUUAGGCAGAAUUAUGACUGUUCUUUAAUGAUAUUGGGCCACACUUGGGAACAGAAAAGCAUAUUAUUUCAUGUUUUAUUCAUAAUAAUGUGACCUCAAAUAGCUUUGUAGUGAUGUGAGUUCUGGGUGGACAUGUUUGGGAUUAGCAAAUUAAAAGUGAUAGUGUUAAAUAGCGAUUAACCGAUUGUCUAGAAACCCAAAUUUUAGUUCUAAAGUUUGUGUAUACUAAAAUCUUCUAAGAAUUGACCUUGACGUAUACUUGUGUGCUGUUAUGCAAAGAAAAAUAAUUAUUUUAUUCAUACAUAAGGUAAUUGUGAAUGUUUUUUGUUAACCCACUAGCACAUUUAAGACCACUCAUGUAUAUUUCCUCCUCUUGGCAAUUCUCUUUCCAAAGUUGCCUUUUCAUGAAAUAAAUUUAAUGAAAAAAUUAAUCACUUUUGUUGCCAUGUUCCUCUUUUUAGGGUGUUUUUUUUCCAAUGAUAUGCAAAAGAGACUUUCGCAUUCUUUUGAAGGGUGUUGCACCUCAGUGCUCAGGAAUGUCAUACAUUGUAUUUUAUUUAUUUUAUAGUUUAUUUUAGCUUCUUGUGUUUUACUUUCAACAGGUACUCAAAAUUCCCUUAUUAUUCACAGAAAAGUUUUCUUUGCUUUUCUUUCUUGUUUUUCAUUUUUUGCACCACAGUGCUCAGGAAUUUUCAUAUUUUAUUUAUUUUAUAGUUUAUUUAAAGCUUCUCCUGUUUUACUUUUGACCGGACAGGUACUCGAAAUCCCUGUUUGAUUUACAGAAAAUUUUCCUUUUUUUCUUUUUUGGGUUUGCCCGAGAAAUGAAAUGUUUUGUUUGAACUUGAUUUUCUACAACCAUUUCAUUUUCAAAUUUAUCAAUGUAAAUUAAAUCUUUUUUUUUGUAAGCUUCAGUUAGCAGCUAUUUAACUAUUCAUCAAUGUUUUUAUGUACUUGUGAGUGAUUACCGUAUUAUUAAUUUUAUUUCACAGCAUGGGCAAAUUUCAUACUGUGAAAUGUCAGUGACGAAUUUUAGCAGAUCAUGGUUGUUUGUGAUUGUUCAUUUGCAUCUUGUAAAUGUUUUUUUUACCUAAGCUGAACUUUUUUGGGUUUAGCAUGUGUUUUAAGCUGAAGAAAAAAUUGUCUUAAUCAGUACUAAUUAUAAAUUGCAUUCAUUUGCAGUUAAGAAAUCUCUUAUUUUUAUAAAGCAUAAUAAGAUUUUCCUUGAACAGUAUUGUUUUGAAUUUAUGGCAUAAUUGGUUGAUGGGCAAUUUUGACACAGACAAAAGUUUUUGAAGUGUGCUAGGGAGUCAUUUUAACCAAUUAUAAGUGCUGUUGUUGUUCUGUAAUUUAAACCAAAAGAGAUGGCUGGUGUUCAUAAUACAUGUACAUGAGCAAAUAGUAAGGUGUACAGUGGAACUACAUGUAACCAUUAUUCUCACUCAUCCCAGUCGUUUAAAAGAAGAAGUGUUUCAGUUUUUGUCAACAAUAUAUUAUUUAUUUUUCAAAUAUCACUUUAACACACAAUACGUUGUUUUUAAAAAUGUUUACUUCAAUAUGUGUUGAAAAGAAUCAAGAUGAGAAGAAAUGUGUUUUGUUUUUGAUGGUUGACAGCAGUGUGAGAGGGAUACAGGAUAAGUAAGAAGAUUUGUAAAAACAAGUCUUUUCAUUAGGCUGGAAUUUCUUGGAAUUAGAUUUUUUCGAUAACUUGAAUUGUCAUUUACUUCAAAUUUAGAGCAGUCUCAAAACAACGACUGAAUUUUUUAAAUCAGUGAAGCAUUGGUUGUAGUUUAGAUUCCAAAACAUGGUUUCUUUUCUCCUUUCAUUUUUUAAAGUGUUUUUGAAGUUACAUAAAGGCCGCUAUUGUUGAAUGUUUCCAAGUUCUCCUCUUAGUUUUUCAUGAGACCCAUUCGAGCAUGUCACGCAAAGUUUUAGCACAAAAAUGGGGGCAAAUUACACAACACUUGAAAAUUGACAGUUAGUACGCAGCUCUUAAAAAUCUCUAAUUUCAUUGGUUCUCCGUAACACUCAGCUCCAUUGUUUUAGGGCUAGAGUCAUUGUUAUUUUUCUAUGUCUAUUGUUUUUACAGCCAAUACUGUGAGGCCUUGUAAAGAGCUGUGUGGCACCCCAAAAUCGAUGCCUACUAAAAGAUCAGCAGAUGCUACCCAAUGUUUUCAACCAUUUCAACCAGGGACUGAGUUGGUUGAAAAAGUUGAUCAACCAAACCAACUAAAAACGGUUUUUCCCCAAAAGAACGCGAAAAAACCCAACCAACCCAACCAACCAAAAAUGGUUGGUCCCAAUAGAACACGACCACAGUAUACUAAGUCUUAAACAGGUCAUAUUAUUAAAUGUAUUGAAUUUUUUGCUGCUUAUUUUUUCAGUUGUCCUGCAAAUUUCACUGGGCGCAGAUGUGAUGCCGAUGUUGAUGAGUGUGUAGUGGCCAAUCCUUGUCUCAAUGGAGCGACAUGUUUAAACGUUGUUGGUUCUUAUCAAUGCCGCUGUAUUAAUGGGUGGGAGGGAAAAGAUUGUGCCAUCAAUACAGAUGAUUGUGAAUUGUCAUCGCCGACAGAUCCCCCUAGGUGCCAGAAUCAUGGACAGUGUAUCGACAGAGUGGGGAAAUAUGAUUGUGAUUGUACCCCUGGAUAUGUAGGUGAGCUCUCAAAAGUAAACCUUUACGUGUUUGCUCAUACUAUGCUGAUCAAUACUUACAGUAUUUAAAUAAGGUAAAAGUUGUUAACACACCUACAGUAUGUACAGCUGUAGCCAUUUUCAUGUACGGUUUUUCUAGUAUACAUGUAAGUGCGUACAUUAAAUACCAACUGAACCAAUCACAACUCAAAAAUGUUGGAACUAAUCAACACCAAUCCCAGAGAUGCCAACCUCCCGAGAUCUAAAAUCUGGAUUUGGUCUAUUUUGCACCAACCCUCCCCACCCCCUCUCCCACAAAAUGACCCAGCCACCAAAAUAUGACAUGGGAAUGGCUUAGGACAUUAUAUGAAGUCUUACAUGCAGUACAGCUGUACAUACUAUCAAAAUUCGCUUUCAUCAUUUUAAUGAUGAAAAAAAUCUUUGUUAGUGACUACUAAUGAAAUGCAAAAAUGUCCCAGAAACAGUACAAUGAGUAAAAAAGAUCAAAUUUUGAGAAAAAAUGGGCUAAAUGUUAAACUAAAGCACAGAAAAGUUUAAAAGUCUACUUAUUGUACUUAACCUGGAAGAUUUGGUGACUCUUAUGGGAGAGCAGGAGAUCAGUGCUGUAUUUUGGAGAGUUGGCAUAUAUGCAACCCUGAAUUGAGCUUGUGGUUGCUUUGUCAUCAAGGCUUUGCUCUAAAAAAAAGAGGGUUCAUGAAAUAAUUUUCUUUUUUGCUGCUUUUCAGGUCCAAUUUGUCAGCACAUUGAUCAGUGUUAUCGUAAUCCAUGUCAAAAUAAUGGAACAUGUUCUACAGAUGCUUUUGGAAAUUUUAGUUGUCACUGUAGCCCUGGGUGGAUUGGAAAAACUUGCAAUACAGAUGUAGACGAGUGCUCUAAAAGCAUCCGCUCACCAUGUGAUCAUGGUGGUACAUGUGUUAACACUCCUGGAUCAUUUAGCUGCAGUUGUAUCCCUGGUUACACAGGUACAUAAGUGCUAUGCCAUACGACCUUUCUUAUCCAACUGCACUAAAUAAUGUACAGUUGAACUCUCCUGUAAGUGGCCAACCAAAAUGUGAAAACUUAAUGGUCGCAUGGGAGGUAGUCCCGAUACAGCUACUUAAUGGUAGAUAAUUUAUUGCAUGUUAUUUGUAAGUUAUGAUAUGUGUAACUCCAUGUUGUGAGAGUACAAGGGUGUAGUAUUUAACGGUUAAUGACUGGUCCCAAGGGAAAGAGUUAUUUUAGUUUUGAAAGAAACUAAAUGUUUUCCAAGUUAGACAUUGAGGUGUUAGCAGAACAGGAUUAACAAGUUCCUUAGUUAUUUGCCCAGAAAGAAAACCUACUUUUCCCACAUGACCAGACAAGGCUUUUUUGAGCCCUUUUGCUGUUAUUAAACUUCAAAAUGUACUCUGCCAGGAACACAUUAGUACCUAACAGGUAACUACAUGUAUAUAUACCAGUUUACUUAUAUUAAGAGGUCGUCAACUCUUUCUACACUGUAUGUGUUUUUCCUUUUAACAGGUGAGCGCUGUGAGCUUUUAAUCAAUGAAUGUGGUUCUAGUCCUUGCCAAAAUGGUGCCACAUGCGUCGAUUUCGUCAAUAAGUUUCUAUGUCUCUGCAAUCCUGGUUGGACAGGCACAGUUUGUGACCAAGAUAUAAAUGAAUGUGCUAGCACUCCUUGCCAAAAUGGUGGACAGUGUUCUGACUACCAUAAUGGAUACAAUUGCAGAUGCCUGCCCGGCUUUAUUGGUAAAAACUGUGAGACAGACUUUGAUGACUGUCAAUCAAACCCGUGUCAUAAUGGUGCUACAUGUGUUGAUGGCCAAGGUGGAUAUACAUGCAAUUGUAGUAGAGGCUACGCUGGAAAUAAUUGUGUGGUUGAUAUUGAUGAGUGUGGAUCGUCUCCUUGUCAGCACUAUGGGACAUGUGUGGAUGGAAUUGAUGAUUAUAACUGCACAUGUCUUCAAGGAUUUACUGGAAAAAAUUGUGAGUUAGAUUUAGAUGAAUGUGGCAGCAAUCCUUGCUUGAAUGGUGGAACAUGUCAAGACCUUGCUAACGGAUUCAAAUGUAUUUGUCCUGUUGGUACAAGUGGUAAGGAUGACUUCAGACCUUAAGUCUUUUAUUUUUAUAAAAGGUGUCCUGAACCCAAAAAUAUUGUGGUGCAUUUGUACAUGUACAUUAUAAUUCAUUCUUAGUUAAAAAUUGCAAAAUAUUUUUCUUCAGGUGAUCUGAGAUUUUUUAUGCGUGAUUGUACAUGUAAACACAAUUUUCAUUGACCCUGGAAUUUUAGUUUUAAAGAGCAAAAGACGCAAAAUGCAAGACUCACCAAGAAGUUGAAAACAGAUCUGAGACUUUGUGGCAAACCAUUCAACACUUGGGUUGAAAAGAAACAGAAAAAAUAAUUGUGAUGACCUUGAUUGGAUCUGAUCCAAAUUUCUACCUACAUUUUAUCAUUGAUUGAGGCCCUGCCAGGGUAAAUUCUGACAAGUAACGUGACCCAAAAAGUAGCGACAGCACGUAAAAUGAAAUCGCGACACGAGACAACCUCCCUCGGCCAAAUUGCGACAGUGACGGCAAAGCCGACAAUAAGCGACAAUUAGCAUUUAAAAGCACCGAGACAAGACGUUUUAAAAUUCAGACAGGCGACAUGGGACCCCCCUUGGCAGGGCCUCUUGAUUGCCCCUAUAAGUACAUUCAGAUGAUCAAUGUGGUCAAUUUAUAGUGUUUGCCAUGCUUACCUGUAAUUCACAUUUGCAUUGCUUUUUUAGGUCCAACAUGUACAGAUAGCAUCAAUGACUGUUCAGGAGUGGUUUGCAAGAAUGGUGGCACAUGCAUUGAUGGUCUAAACACUUACUACUGCAGCUGCCAUCCGGGUUUUCAUGGACGGCACUGUGAUUAUAACCAUGAUGAAUGUGGUUCAUCACCUUGCCAGAAUGGAGGCACUUGUACUGAUGGCGUUGCUCAGUAUCACUGUCACUGCCAAUUUGGAUAUACAGGUUUGUUUCAGCCUUUACAUGCUUGAAUAAUCAUUUGAUUUCCUGGCAACAGUUUGGAGUUGGCAAAGGCAUUUUUGAACAAUGCACUUCAACAGGAAGUAGACUCUCUGCAUUCUUGGGCAGUGGUUUUGCCCAAAUUUACCGCCAGAUUGUCUCUGUAAUAAUAAAGACACUUAGCAAUGCCAAUUUGGAAGCUUCAAGGCAUAUUUAAAGGGGAAAGGCCCCAAGUCUGGUUGCUGAGCAUCAGUCGCUCAAAAAUGCCUAUGCUGAAGCUCCCUAUUGUCUAUUAAGGAAAGCCUGUUUUACAUUACAUGAAGCUUUGUACCAUACCCACUUAUUUGCAUACACAGUUUCCAAAGUUGUAAAUAAAUAAAUCCACUUCAAUGGAAAACAAAUUUUGGAUAUUGAAUGUUAUCCUAUUUCAAUUUAGGUACAAGCUGUGAAACUAGGAUAGACAAUUGCUUGGGAAAUGAGUGCAAGAAUGGUGCGACUUGUGUCUCACAACAGACUGGCUACUCGUGUAGUUGUAGCGCAGGGUUUAGUGGACAGUUGUGUGAGAUUGACAUCGAUGAAUGUUCUACUAACCCAUGUAAACAUGGACAGUGCACUGAUGGCAUCAACAAGUACAUGUGUAGCUGUUAUGCUGGUUACACCGGUGCAAACUGCUCGAUUAAUAUUAAUGACUGCGAGACCAGGUGAGUACUUUGUCUUUGUUCAGUCAGAGGGGAUCAAAGAUACAACUCUGGCAAAACGUGUGAGACAUGUAUAAAUCACAAAAAUGCUGUAUUUCCUUGGCAGUAUUACUUUUGGUGUGAUCUGUGGUGUGAGUCGUUGAGUCAUUCAAUUUCAUGUUUGUUUCCUGUUGUUGUGGGAGAUACAAUCAGGCAUUCCCUGCUGUGUCUGGAGUGGAUAUUGUUCAGUUUCUUUCAAUCAUUUAAUGUCUUUUAUAUUGAUGUUUCACUGUUUUCACACAUUCUGCAACAGUUGACUAUACAGUCUCAGUCAAAACUGGGGGACACUUUACUGUCUUCUUGUGCUCCCAAUGUUGGUGUUCAAGAUUUUGGUGAGUUAACUGCUAUAAACAACAUUGGGAGGACACGGAGACAUGCCAGAAGUAAAAAAAAAACAGUUUUUCGGUGGAAGUGUCCUAACUUUUUUCGUCUGAUAUAUAGCAACAUGACAUGUGUGCAUGUAGUAAAAAGUUUCUCUUUUGUCUCUUUACACAGCCCUUGUUUACAUGGAUCGACGUGUGUGGACGAAGUGAAUGACUUCCUUUGCAAAUGUUCACCUGGAUUUUCUGGACGGAGAUGCGAGAACCAUAUUGAUGAGUGCACACCAUCACCCUGCAAAAAUGGAGCCACGUGUGUUGAUGAGAUUGCAUCUUACAACUGCUACUGUCCCCCUGGUUACACUGGUGUAAACUGUGAAAGUAUUAUUAAUUGGUGCGAUAAUACUCCGUGUGUAAACGGGGGUACGUGCAGGCAAACUGGGAUCAAUUUUCGCUGUGAAUGUCUGCCAGGAUUCAAAGGUGUCAUCUGUGAUGUUGAAGAGAUAACUUGUGCGCAAGCGGUGACAAAGUCUGGUGGGAGCGAUGUUUGCAAGAAUGGCGGCACUUGCGUAGAUCUAAGCAACGUACAGUCAUGCAAUUGUCCACCUGGGUUUGCCGGGAGCUAUUGUGAAGUCAAUAUUAAUGAUUGCGCCAGUGGUCCUUGUAAACAUGGCGCUAAUUGCAUCGAUGGAGUUGCAAACUACACAUGCAAUUGCAUAGGAGGUUUCACCGGAAGAAAUUGUGAUAUAAAUAUAGAUGACUGCGCAGGGGACCCAUGCAGAAAUGGAGGCACAUGCACUGAUUUAGUGGAUGGUUUCAUCUGCACAUGUCCCGUGGGAUAUGUUGGUACUAGAUGUGAAAAGAACCCUAAUGACUGCUUCUCUACAGCAUGCUUUAAUGGCGGAUUUUGCCGUGACGGGCUUCGGAGUUUCUCUUGUAACUGCCCAGCUGGAUAUUCUGGCCUACGUUGUGAAAACGAUAUCGACGAAUGCGCUCCCAACCCAUGUUCUCCUCUAGGUUCUGAGAGGUGCUUUAACCUGGUGAAUGACUACCAGUGCAAGUGUAAAAAUGGAUUUUUGGGCAAGAACUGCAGCACCAACAUCAAUGAGUGUUUGUCUAGCCCCUGUCAGAAUGGGGGCGAGUGCAAGGAUGGUGCCGGUAGACACAUUUGCCUUUGUCCACAUCGAUUUUCAGGGUUAAACUGUGAGCGUCCUGUCUCUAGCUGCGCACAUGAUCCUUGCCUUAAUAGCGGUACAUGUGUAACUCGAGGAGAUGGCAAUUAUUCGUGCUCUUGCAUGCCUGGUGUUGUCGGAAACCAGUGCAACUGGAACAUAGACGAUUGCCUUUCUGUACCGUGCCAAAAUGGUGCAACGUGUAUUGAUGGAUUUAAUUCGUAUACUUGCAAGUGUCCUGUGGGGUUUACUGGCCGAAACUGCGAGAACGAUAUAAAUGAGUGCCAGAGCAAUCCUUGUUUACACGGAGGAACAUGUCAAGACCAGAAGGGCUUCUACACAUGCAAAUGUACAGGUCAGGCUUUCUUUAUAUCAUUAUUAACUACUGUACAUGUACGUCUGCCAUUAUUCCUAAACAAAACCACAGUUUAGCGCGUAAAAGAUCAUCGCAGUUAUGUAGGCAAUUUAAGCAGUUGUGAAAAGAAAGCCUGAAGGAAAGGAAAAGAAAAGACGAACAAUCCCUUGUUAUCGUGUUCAAAUUUGCCCAUCCGUGGCUUCGUUUUCUUAUUUUCUAAACCGUCCCUUAAUGUUCUUAGCGAAACAAUGUUCAGGCGCGGAUCUAGGGGGAGGGUGCAGGGGGAGCGCAAGCCCCCCCCCCCCCCCCCCCCCCCCCCGCAAGUCCAGGGUGUUUUUUUAAUAUAUAUAUUUAUCAAAAAAAAAAAAAAAGUUGGAAUAGGUUUUGGAAGUGGCAAGAAAGGAAGGGGAACGACCCCCCCUAACAAAAUACCAUCACCUUCUUCGCUUUUUUUCGAAUGUUUUUGUAUUAACUGCUGUUGUUGAUUGCUGUUGCUUCGUCACCCCUCUGUUUUUUUUUCACAAUUGCCCCCCCGUUGCUUUGUUUUUUUUUUUCUUCACCCCCCCCUUAUGUUGCUUCGGGAAAAAAUUUGCGGGGGGGGUGGGGGGGGGGGGGGGGGGGGGGGGGGCCCCCCCCCCCCCCCCCCCCCCGCUGAGAUGAUCUGCGGUUUUCUAAUACAACUGGUAUUCUGCAAAAAAAAAAAGCUAUGUGGUUUAUUGGUGUUGAAGUAGAGCAAGAGACGGGUCCACCCCCUCCUAAAAAAAAUCCUGGAUCCGCCCCUGAUGUUGUAACGCUGUGUUGCAUGAAAAUGGUCGUUGCGAAUCGUCCCGUGUAGCAUCACCUUUAGUAUGUACAAGGUAUUUCUCUCAGUGUUCAAGGUUUCUGUUUUGUGGCUUUAACCGUACUGUUUCCCUUUUACACUGUAGAUGCAUACACAGGCAACUAUUGCGAAGAAAAAGUCGGCUGCCCUCAUGAUGACUGUGCACAAAAAUUUCGUGAUAACGAAGUUUGCAAGGUAACUAAUUAUCAUUAUUUCAGUAGUUAAAGACACCAAAGUUAUUCUGCAUAAUUUAUGCCUUACAAAAGAAAACUUAUGUCCAUAGCGAUGCUCUUCUCUAUACAAAUAUUUCUACGCUGCCACCAUGCGAUAAUAAUUAUUACUUACAUUUAUAUAAAGCUUUAUCCAUAUCUGAAGUCAAAUUAAGCCCACUGGUUUUCAUGUGAUCGGUACAAUUGCUCGACCUUUUUCAGGUAGAACUGAAGUCCAUCUUCAAUUUUUUCCGUCUUCGAUCGCAGCAAUCAUGUUGAAAAUAGUUUAAUUUUUUUGUAAAUAAAAAUUAUCUAAUAUUAUUCACUGUGAGAAACUUUUUCUUGACUCGAGACGAAUUCGAAUCAUUUUUGUACCAGAUUCGUUUUGCCGUUUACACAACGGAGAUGCUCGAUUCCAAAACAAGAACUUUCCGCUUUGGUCGCUUGUUUGGCGAUUUUGAAUCCAUUGUCUAAUGUGAAUGUUAUUCCAAGAUUUACUGAUGUUUGUAAACGCGAAUCUGAAUACUCUGCUUGUGAUAAUUCCAAAAACAUGCAUGAACCCAGAAACAUUUCUUCUUGUGUCAACCUUGCCUAGGUGUGUUUGCUGCUCACAUUAAUUUGAUUUUAUCCACAAUAGAAAAAAUGCAAUAACCACGCGUGCAACUAUGACGGUACUGUGUGUUCUCUGGGGACUGAGCCGUGGGCGAACUGCAGUACAAUGACGACAAGUGGACCCUGCUACAAGGUUUUCAAGGAUGGCAAAUGUAAUCCUGAGUGUAAUACCGAACAAUGCCUCUUUGAUGGCUUUGACUGCAAAUCACCUAAAGGCAAAUGCGAGUAAGAUGAAUUUGUGAAAUGCACAUGAUUUACUGUUUACUAGUCUCCUUGGCAACCGCUCGGGCUGGCGUCACGUAGUGCUCCUCACUUGGUGCUGCGCGGUUUUAUAGUAAGGAGCUUUUGCAACGGCGACGGCAACGAGAGCGUCAAAAAAGCAAUAGGUGUUAGGGUGUAUUUAAGUAGAACAACAACUUUGCGCGUGCAUCACUUCUUUUUUCGUACAUUUCUUUGCCGCCACUGGACGACUACGCAACGACGUGAAAAUGUCUCAUUGCACGUUUUAAGGAGGACGUACUGUAAAGCAACGACGAACCAUUAUUUUUUAGUUCUGGUCGCAGUUGUUAAAAGGUGGAUAGCGCCAUCCACUGGAUAAAUCUCGAUUUAGUGGGUAACGCAAUUUUUUUUAUAAUACGUAUUCGCUGGAUAGUGAGUUAUCCGGUUGAUAGCGCUAUCCAAUGUUUAAACAACCGGGGCCUGGUGUAUAAAAACUCUUUAACUGGUUUUACACUAGGACUAAGACGUAACUGAUGACCCGAAUUUGUUUUCCAGGACUGAUGAUUACUGCAAACCUCGCUUUGAAAACGCGGAAUGCGAUACUAUAUGCAACACUGAGGAAUGUUUGAGGGAUGGUUUGGACUGCGAAACAUCAAAGCCAAAGCCGGUGAGUGAAAUCCCGUAGGAACCACGCUUUCAAACCGAUCAAUAGCGUAAUGGGCUGGGUAUAUUUAUACGACUAUCCUAGUGCAAACGAGUGGAAAAACGAUGUUGCGCGUUUUACCAACCCCAUCAGACCUGUCCUGCAACAAAUAAGGUUGUUAUCAGGUUUGAACGCGGUUAGUUAAACGCACAACAUCGCUUUUCAACUCGUUGUGCAGCAAUGUUGCAAAACAAGUUGCACGUUUUUGUUGCCCGUAAAACCGAAGCUUGUGUGGUAUUUGUCCCUUAUUUUGCGAGGUGAUGUCCCCGAACUGGUCCAAGAGAUCCAGGGCCUCUCUUCUUCAGCGGACGGGAAGUGGAGAGACACUGGGAACGAUUUCGGGGGAAGGUUGAGAUAAAAAGGCCAUUUCCGAGUUCCAGGAAAUCUCACUUUCAAAACGAGGCUAAGUGCGAAACAUUUGCUGUGAAAAUGAGUUUUAUUUGCGUCAUAAUUAAAAAUCAUUUUCAUAUCAAUGGCUUCGCACUUAGCCUCGCUUUGAAAGUGAGAUUUUUUGGAACUCGGAAACGGCCUAUUGAUCUAGUUACCACAAACCUGUGCGAAAAACGGUUUUCAGUUUCUUGGAGUUAUUGACCGUAAAAGCAGGUAGCGGCGAAACGCUUUUGUUGGUCUUUUCACUUCCUAUCUAUAGGACAAUGCCGAGAUCGCCCUUCCGAAAAACAAAAAGUUGUUUGGAAAAACUAAAAACCCGAAGAGAAAGAUCCAAAAACGUCGACCUUUUUUUUCUUGAGUUUUCGAUUAUCCGAUGUGUUCGAAAAAGAUUAUAAAUAGCAUGGGGUGCAAUAUUAGCUUAGGCCCUGAUAAUUCAUUCACCUUAUGUGUUAUGUACGUCAGUAUUACCGGUAACGGCUCUAACUUUUCCUUUUUCUUUGUUAGGGCAAAGGAACGCUAAUUCUUGUACUGCUAGUGUCGCCAGAGAAGUUCAUGAAUGGCUCAAGAAUUUUCACGAGAGCGCUCUCUGCAGUUUUGGAAACCAUCUUGUUUAUUAAGGAGAGUAACGAUGGCGAGCAAAUGAUCUUUCCGUAUAUUUUCUCCGAAGGGCCUCCAGUGCCUAUUUCGCGGAGGUCAGUGGCAAACUUACAGAGAGGGACGAGUCAUAUCAUUGUGCGACGAGCAUUGUCCGGCAAAGGGUUAGUAUGGAUUUCUUCACCUUAUAAACUCCACUUUUAAACACCAUCCUGUUCUAAUAGGCCCCCUUUAUAAAUAAAGCGCCCGAGAAAGUUUUGCUUUUAUGAGUCUUAAUCAAGCGACAGAAAUUUUCACCUCGCGAGCACUUUUCAAGGUGCUGUUUGUACUCACUUACAAAAUCAUUCAACCUCUUCUUUUUGCCAGAGGAGGGGACUUAAUUAACUCAUUGCUUUUCGCGAAAUUAAAUAAGCCACCUCUUUUUUAAUCUCUUUUAUACCUACCUGUAUCAACUAUAAAACUAGUCCUUGGUGAUAUGUGUAGAAAAUUUGCUGUAGCGACUCCAUUCGCCACUUAAUAAGGGCAGUGGGGCCCGUCUCUCGAAAGUCCCGAUAAUUAACGGGCCCGUAAAGCUGUUGUUGUUUACAUGCAAGACGGAGGUUUCAAUAGUUUUGCAUCUAACAUGAUAAAACUAUCAGUUAAUGAAACAGCAUGGAGUAGUUUGCUAGCCAGAACCCGCGCUCUUAUUCUUUAUAUUUCGAUUUGAAAAUUUGAUUUCGGGCCCGAAACCUUGCCGGGGCUUUCGAGAAACGGGUCCCUGGAGCCGAAAUGCGGCCCCCAAGUGUCUCUGGAUCUUCACUGAAGACACCCCGGUCAGCUAUUGGCCAAUUCCUUAGUAACAGUCCCAGAACAGUUUCCCGCUCGUUUCUGAAGUGGCGAAUUAGAAGCCGAACACUGGAAACUAUAUUCUAUCGCUCGACUGGAAGACGACUCGUGUGGUGUGUGGUGUGGUUUUUCUUGUGCAGCUGUUCAUUUUCAUUUUCUCUUCGCCCUCUUAAGAGUUUAAAGUUUUAAUUGCUUGUACUAACUUCGACCGUUUCUCGUUUCCUUUCAGAACGGAGGUUCACUAUUUAAUCGACACGAGGGGAUGCGAUGGCAGUGCGUGUAUUACUGACGCAGCUUAUGUAAGUCGGACAACGCUUUUGUCUUGUUCGUUAAAUUUGCAGCCUUUUUAACCGUUCCAGGAUUAAAUCAGUUGGUAGAGCGCUUGACUGUAGAGUGGCAGGUCGCGGGUUCGAUUCUCUGGGCCGGACCAAUACUCGGGGUCUUAGUGAAUAACCGAGAAAUGAAGGUACUGCCAUUGCCUGGCAAACGACUAGACCUUUGCGUGGCUCGUGUCCAGUCCAGUCUCCAGUAGGAGUAAAAUGCCUUUUCUACGUGCAUUGACUCGGAAAGCCGAAAUCUAUAUUGUCAGCUCUGUCCCCUAUAUGGCAUUGAGGAGAAUUUUCUUUCUCUAUUUUCUCUAUUUCCACGAGCUAUAUUUUUGACUAUUUGAAAAGUCUUUUUUAUGAUGACAAAUUACAUAUGGGUCUCUUCUAAAGGUUAAAUUUUGUGGCUUUAUUUGUAGGGUGCAAAAUAUCUCGGUGCACUGCAGUCUUCCAAUAAACUGGAUUUACCCUACAAUUUACAUCAAGUACGAGGUAAGUAUUCCAAAUUAUAGCAAAAUAAACACAGAGACUGGCAUUUUGUUAGAACACUUAGCCUUCCUGUUAGAAAAUCGGUCGCAUUCGAGUUUUUGACUAUUAAUUUUCCUGGGCUCACGCAAGUAUAAUACAAAGGCGACACAAUUUCGCUGUCACUCUGGUUAUUUUUUCUGCCUUGCGAAAAACGCAUCCUUUUCUAGAAGUGAAAACCAUCUUGGCGUUUCCAAGAAACGUUGUGAUCGUACUAUGGCAAAGUGCCAAGUGACUCUUUGAUGUGGUACUGGGGAAGAACGAAGACUCGACUUUCAAGUUCACAACUGUCGACUUUAGUUUGACUGACAUUGUAAUAAUUGCUAUCUUCUUGUGUCUUAAGUUGAGGAACCCACGGUGAACCCACCAACCCCGUCCCCUUCCACUGGUUUGUCGCCAUUGUAUAUUGCUAUUCUCUGUGUGGGCAUUCCUCUGUUCGUUGUUGGAGUAUUAGCCGGCGCCAAAAGGGUAUAUGCCAAACUGUGGGUUCCAGAAGGAUUCGUCGGACGCGGACCUCGGAGGCAGCCCUCUACAAGACGUGAACCAGUCGGGCAAGAAGUCUCAUUGAAGUAAGUGGUUUUAUUUCCGUCGAAGGAAAUAAGGGAAAUAAAUAUUAUUGUUGUCGUUGUUAAGUGAACUGUGCUGAAUUUUCAUCUCCUAUGUAGUGAAUUCAUUUGCAUGUCACGGUAUACUUUGUAAAUUCGCCCUCUUAACUGAUUUGUUUUUCAGUCAAAUGAGGAAGAGCUCGUCUGAAAUUGAAGAAGGUACUUCUGCUAGCGGCGAAAGCAGCCGUUCAGACCUGACGCCUCCCAGGGAAGCUAAGCGAGUCAAACUGGACGAUAAACACAACGGAGAAGAUUCGCGUAAGUGGACCUCCCUGCACCACCAGGCCGCAGACGUGACCGUUAGAAACUGCUCCCUGGCUCUAACCCCUCCUCAGCAAGGCAACGGAGAGAGGGGAGCUACGGCCAUUGAUGUUGAUGCCAGAGGCCCUGGUGGAAUGACCGCACUGCAUUUGGCCGCAUGCCGUGGAAUGUAUGGUGACGGAAGUAGCCUGGAUGAUGAUAAAGACAGUGACGAUAGCGGAGGCGCUAUGGUUUCGGACUUGCUUUCUCUUGGAGCGAGCUACAAUUCAAAGACUGAUCUGGAAGAGACGCCAUUGCAUCUUGCUGCAAGGCACUCUAGAGCUGAUGUAGCUAAGCGUCUACUUGACUCGGGUGCUGAUGCUAAUGCGAGGGACCGUCUCAACCGUACGCCUCUGCAUCUUGCCAUUGGCGCUGAUGCUCAGGGUGUAUUCCAGGUAAAUAACAGUGAUAUUUUACAGUUUUGCGAAUCUGGGGCAGUAAAAAGUUGUCCGAUUUCUGUGAUCCCUUUGUUGUCUUAUCAAUAAUCUAUGAACAAGGAGAAUAUUCCAUGCAGUGCAUUUAUCGUAAAAGAUUGAACCCUGUGUCCCCCAGCAGUGCAGUACUUCGCGUCAGAAUUCAUGAAAAUGCAAAACACCGGCAAUCAACUCAGCAGUACAUUAGCAAGCUGCUUAGGCUGCCUGGUUGGCGCAGAAAAGGAAGCGGGAGGGGGGAGGCCGGGAGAGGAACAAAACUAACUCUAACUUUUCCCUUGCGCGCUUCCUCCCCCCCCCCCCCCCCCCCCCCCUUUUUUUUUUUGUUUUUUGCCCCCCCCGCCUCUUUUUUGUUUUUUUUUUUUGUCUUUUGUAUGGGGGUGGUAGUUGUGUGGGCAAAAAUAGAGGGGGGGGGGGGAGGGGCGGCAAGGGCAAAAACUUACCUUCAAGAUUUUCUCGGCCCCUCCCCCCCCCCCCCCCCCCCCCCUUCCCUUUUUUGUUUUGGCUCUUGCUACGCAGGCUACAUUGUGUGUGUUCAUUUGACUGGCUACAUGAUGGGUGUUCAUCAACAAACUGACAAACAGAAUCUCGAGAGUUAUUGUGUGGGGGAAUGAUCCCUUUUCGUGACACGCACAACCUAAUCUUUGAGGCGUGCACACACCGCAGUUUUUUGAACAUGCGCCCGAGUAACAUGUCCAGUACAACCUGUAAGACCUUUGGCGCCCUGUGACGCCAACCGAAUACAUGCAAUUUAAAUUCACAUCGGAGCUAAAUCAGUUUUUCAAUCCUCUACAUUCAGAGAUUGCUCAUGAACCGUGCGACUGACUUAGAGGCCAGAAUGGACGACGGAACAACACCAUUGAUACUUGCAGCGCGGCACGAUCUACCGGACUUAGUGCGUCAUCUUAUCAAGGCGGGAGUCAAAGUAAACAGUGCCGAUAAUCAAGGUAAGCUUGGAUGAAUAUAUUUCUCUCUUUGUCGACCCAACUUUAAACUGUUUCUUUGACGUUCGUGGUAAUAUACCCUUUCACAGGUUUUUUUAACUUUUGAGUAAUUUCUAUGACAUUGUUAGCGAAGAUCAGUUAACACUGCUGGAAAGAACGCCAUAAAAUCAGUUAAGCUGCCAAGAUUAAGAGUGAUUUAUGGCAAACUAACGGAUGUAUAACUAUCCGCAAAGUCUCAGAAUUUUACACUAACAGACGAUUGUGUGCUGGGGGCAAGUUCGUGACUCCCACCAUACAAAAAUCUCAAAAAUUAUGCGUCUUUGUGGAGCAAUAUAUCUUCGCUCUCUUUGGACGUAUCAACCCUAAACCUGGUAAUGUAACUGAUUUUAGGGCGGUAUUUCCGGUAGUUUCGAUGGAUAAUCACUUGUUAGCCUUGAUCAAAACUUGAAGAAAACCGUGGAAGGGUUCAUUCAAAUCCAUACUCCUUUAUUAAGCAAACUCAAAUGCUCAUUCCGUUGCUGUUGACAGGUAAAACUGCACUACAUUGGGCAGCCUCGGUCAAUAGCUUGGAGGUGACGAAAGAGCUGCUAAGAAAUGGUUCCAAGAAAGAUGCUCAGGACGAAAAGGUAACUCAGAGAUUGAAUAUGUGCUUUAUAGAACAAAAUGUCGCUUUCAAGUUCUUCGAGAAACAAAUUUGAGUACAACCUGGGGAAUGAUUUACUCAGAAAAAGCACUUCCAUGACGAAUUCGCGCGGAAACGCUUGAUGCGCAGGCUAAAUGUAAUGUCAGUAUGCAAAGUGUUAACAACAAAGACUGAUUUUAAUUUCCGUGUUCGUUAUUAGGGUCAAACGCCGUUAUUCCUGGGUUGUAGAGAAGGAAGCAUUCAAACAGUGCGUUAUCUGCUUGUAAACUAUGCAAACCGCAAACUCGCCGAUAGCAUGGACAUGACACCGGAAGAUAUCGCCAAACUGAGACACCAUCAUGACAUUGUGGAGUUGCUUACGGACUGGUCGCUGGGUUGUAACUCACCUAAAGCUGUUCCCGCUCCUACGUCACCCCCCGAGGGGCAAAAAUCCCCGCUAGCUAACAUGGCAUCUCCUCCGGCCACCUCUCCGCCUACCGUGGAAAUUCACGGUGGCGGCGGGCCCGCGAUAAUGCAGCAUUUCUCGGCGGCUCGUCCCAAAACAAACGCUGUGAACAGACCAAGACCUGUCACCGGAAGUAGUAAUAAUAACAACACGAAACGGAAGCGGAAGAAAGCACGGCCUGACGAGGAACAAUACCCGGUGAUAAGCACGGUACCGUCGCUUUCACCAACUGCAACGUUAUCGCCAACAGCUAAUAAUGUAACAGCUGUAUCUUCGUGCGCCACCGGGCAGACGUUUUCACCUAACUGCAUGCAAAUCGCAAACGGACUUUCUCCCCUCGGGAGUGCGGGUAUUUCCCCCGCAGAUUCCACGACGUUGUCGCCGUUGCAGCCUCCGGACUCUCUGGAGCAACAACCGCCGUCACCUUUAGAAAUUCUCUCCCCGGAAGAUCUGGCUGGUUUGGAAGACGUUGGGAUCGACUGCUUGGAUGAGCUCGAUUUUGAUACUCUUAGUCCCCCAACAGAUAUGCCUAUUGAUUUUUCACCCACAACAACUAUUGGACAUUUGGGUCUGAAUGACCACAUUGUACCCACAACGUCUGACUGUAUGUACAUACCAAAUGCGCCUACUGUCAGGCGGUCGGACCCUCUGGAAGGUCAAAGACUUUAUUCUGUGCAUAGCACACCGGACUUGCAUUGUGGAGGUCUUCAACACCACGAUUCUCGGCCCAUUGUAUUCAAUGGAAGAACUUGUCACUCCGCGCAAAAGGCCUCGAUUGCGACGCCUUCCCUGCUGGCCUCGUACCAGGCCAUAACGAACUCCAAUAUGUAUCCGUCAAGUGGAGGCGGCGUCAUGCCAUUAAGAAAAGACUUUCACAAUAACGACUAUAUGAUGCAGCAGCCAUUGCAAUUACAAAACCAACUCGUUCUUGGACACAUACCGAUUACCGCCUUUGAUAACCGCUACGAAUGCGUCUCGCCGCAAAAGAUCGUGUCUUUCCCCACCCCGUCCCCGGACUCGCCGGGGCAGUGGUCGUCCUCAUCUUCAUCCUCAUCUUGCUAGUCAAUCGCCGUGUGCAGUUUGCAUGUUGUCAUGGAGACUGGACUCUCGCCUUCCCCAUUGAGAGUCAUGUGAGCUGUACGUUUAUCCUCCAUCGAUCAUCGCUGGGCCAUGCGCAGUCCUGUUAUUAUUUUAUUUGGAUGAGCCUUAACUUCGUAAAAGCGUUUUUAUUUAUUUUGCCGUCACGAAUUUUGUUGCUGGCGACAGAUUAAGUAGGUGGUAUAGUAAGGAUCCAAUAACCCUGAACGAGCUACGGCGUUCUCACAGAUCACUUUUAAUUGUUAGGUCGAUUUUCCUACUUUUGGCUAUCAAAAAAGUCUUAAAUUUAGGCUACAAAAGCUAGAGACUAGAAAAUGGUAUACGUGAUGUUUUAAUAUCUACGUUUACUUUUUUUCAUUAUCAUACUGUGGAUGCGCACACAUAUGCGACGGAGCUUCCAUUUUGCGGGAGAAGGUACUUCAAAAUGAUGCUUAAAAUAAAUUAGUCUGUAAAAACGCUGUUGCAUAAGCUGAGUUGCGCGCUCCGGGUUAAAUAGCCUCCUGGUACAAUCCGAACAAAUGAAAUACCUGAAUGGGACAAUAUUCAAUGUUCCUCUGUGACGGGACAUGUGAAUUAUCCAUACCGUUCUGAAAAUACCGACUACACAAUUUGUUUGAUCCGUGCGUCAUAGGGCUGUAUAUGGCUAUAUUUAAAAAAUACACUAGCGUCCUACGCGAAUCACAAUAUGCAUGCAUUAUAACGAUUCCGUAGCCAAUCAGAAGCCAGGGAAAACGUCCAGGAAACCUUGUGUAAGACGCAAAGAGUUGGUUUCCUGGAGUUUAUCCUCGCGUUUGAUUGGAUAAGUAUUAUCUACUAAGCACAUUUCCGGUACUCGUUUUGUACUUUUAUACGGUAUGUUUAUAGUAUAGUAAAUUGUUAAACUGUGCUGAUCAACCAUUACUUACCCCGUGUUACUUAAAAUUGUGUUACGGUCACAGGUAUUGUGUUUUGCCUACCUACCUACCUCUUAUGCGUAUUGUAUACUUACGUUAGUAUUAGCGGGUUUUUAUUUAUUCAAAAGAAACACAAAAGGCUCAUUCUAUUUGCAGGGUUAGUUAUACGCGGUAAAUUCCGCAGGGGAGGGUAGAGGGGAAGCGGGGAGUAAUAUUCAUAGUUUAGUUACGGUAAACGCCUUCUUUUCAAAAGGUGCCUUGAGUUUUGCAGUAAAAAGCGAACUUUUACGUUUUAGACAAGGUAUUCUUUCAUUUAAGAAGUAAUUCGAAGUGGCGAUAAUGCUGCGUUAGUCUUUUUAAAGUCCACCAACAAGAGGUUGAGUCGAAACCCUGUUUUUU